UGUAUCUAUAUGUUGCGUCGUGACAUCAGACACUUUCUUCGAGCUUUUCACAGACAAACAAAAUGAAGUUCUGAGUGUUUUAGCAUUCAGUCAUACUCUCCACAUCACAAUAAUAAUUAAAGACCAGUGUAAACUUAUUUAUAUCAACUGCAAAUACUCAGGAAUUAUGUUUGUUUGCCUUUUUCUUCCUGGUAAAUGGAGAAGCUUUGAAUUUUAGCAUCAUUUGGGUUUUCGGUGAAGAGUGAAGUAUAAUGCCCACCCUAGCUAAAAACAAUGAUCGGAAGCUAGAAACAGGUGUACAGAACUUUCAAUCACCAACACCAUAUACACGGUCUUGGGGAGGCAUGCCUCGUACUGAGAAACAGGCUGAUAAAUCAAUCACCUCCAGAACUUCCCAGCCACAAGGCAAUGAUGAAGGCAGUGUUAAAGAAACUGAAAUCAAUGCCCCACAUUCUGGAUCAAAUGGAAGUAGUCGUCAAGAGCAGCAGCAGCAGUUUGAUAACAAUUCCCAAAUGGAACUUGUUGGUCAUUCAAUUAUGUUGACUCCAUAUCAAUAUACAGAUCCACAAUAUGGUGGGAUAGUGACAUACGGAGCACCGCAGGUACAACAACAAUUCCUUGGAUAUCUUCCAGCAAGAAUGCCUUUGCCUCUUAAUAUGGAAGAAGAGCCUGUAUAUGUGAAUGCUAAACAGUAUCAUGGAAUAUUAAGGCGAAGACAAAUAAGAGCAAAAGCAGAACUGGAGAAGAAAGCGAUUAAAGUCAGGAAGCCAUAUCUUCAUGAAUCUCGGCACAAGCACGCAAUGAGAAGGGCAAGAGGCUCUGGUGGCCGAUUCCUCAACACGAAAAAAAAUUCCACUGAGCAGUCAAAAUCUGGGUCAACUGUUCCUACGCAAUCUUGCAAUUCGUCUGUUUCUGAGCACUUGUCCUCCAACGGUGAUGGUAUUUCUGAUAAACGAGGAGAUGGGGGAUCCAUGGUUCUAAACUCACACAAAGAACAGUCUCUUCCAAAUGGGAAUAGCGAUGGCCAUGCACUAUUUUUCUACUUGACGCAGUCGACUAGAAAUGAACAACCAAGUGGACAUAUUAAUCAGGAUCAUUGGAGCUUGCUGGUGAAUCAAGUCCCCCAUGGGGUUGGCCCCACCAAAUGAGAGAAACUACUCUGAUCAACAACCUAUUGGAUGUUGUCAGGCAAUUCAUUCUUGGCUUGGUUACUUGGACAAUGUGCCGAUGAGACGAGGUAGGAAGGUUAUAGUGGGGAUCUUCGGUCUACCCAUUAUUUCCAUUCUCUACCAUCUUCUCCCCCCUUUUCUUUAGAAUAAUCAAAUAUGAAAGCUAGAAACGCCAAAACAUCAAACCAUCUGUAAACUUUGAUGCGUGAAUCCUUUUUCGUUGUAGAAUGAUUGUGAUAUAAUGCAUGUCAUUUCAGUUUGUUUUCGAU